ACUUGCAAGUUGGGCCAGGCCAGGAUGAGGACAGCACUGUGUGUAGCUACUGUUGUGCUGGGAGUACUGGCAAUCUGCUCGAUCCAGGACGGUGUUUCUGCUGCACCAGCCGGCUCUGUGACUAUCGAUUGCUGUGAGAACUUUAAGACCACUCGCAUUCCUCAUAAACGGCUCGUAAGCUUCACCAGGACAGUUGGCUGCUCCACUCCCUCCAUCAUCUUCACAAACAGGAGGAGGAUGCAAAUUUGCACGAGAGCCAGUGAGAAGUGGGUUCAAAAUGCAGUGGCAUAUCUGGAGAAGAAAUUGGGGAUUGAAAGAUAA